AUGCCUGAAUAUGAAAAUUUGAAGGAGAUGACGUCUGAUGCUAAAAUUGAAAGUCAAAUAUUACAAGUCUGGGCACUUCUAAUACCAAAGAAGCUAAGCAAUAUUUUAAAGCGUCAUAAAAAAUCUUUUGGAGAGUUGAUCGAUCUGGCCUUUCAUAAAAAGAAAGUUUAUGAUCGCAAAAAAUGGUUAAGUAAUUAUGAAACCGGUACCUACAUGAAUAAUGAUGAGAAAGAAAUCACGAUAACGGAUUUUAUAAAUAAAACUCACGACUUUAUCGGUUCAAAUUACAUCAAUAUCCUUUAUGGCGAAGGUCAAUUUGGUACUAGGGCUCAAGGAGGAGAAGAUGCA